CAGUCGAGACGAUUCAGUUGCGUCGUGACUGCGAAAGCCUCAGGUCUUCAGCUCCAAGGAGGAGAACAGGCACAGCAGGAAUCCAUCGAAGAUGCAAGUUCACCGGAUGAAGCUCCUCAUUGCCUCGGCGGGCAUCUUCGUGUUCGCCAUUAUCUACGGCUGGGUUCUCUUUCCCAAAAUCCUUAAGCUAAUGAUCUCCAAGCAAGUCACCCUGAAGCCGGGAUCUGACGUUCGAGAACUAUGGUCAAACACCCCCUUUCCCCUGCACUUCUACAUCUAUGUUUUCAAUGUUACCAAUCCGGACGAGGUCGCCGAAGGUGGCAAGCCGCGACUACAGGAAGUGGGUCCAUUUGUGUUCGAUGAGUGGAAAGACAAGUACGACUUGGAGGACGAUGUGGUGGAGGACACAGUCAGCUUCAACAUGCGAAAUACCUUCAUAUUCAACCAGAAGGAUUCACUUCCACUCACGGGUGAAGAGGAGAUCAUUGUGCCACAUCCCGUACUGAUGCCUGCCGGCAUCACGGUUCAAAGAGAAAAGGCUGCUAUGAUGGAGCUGGUAUCUAGGGGGUUGGGUUUAGUCUUUCCGGAUGCCAAGGCCUUUUUUAAGGGAAAAUUCAUGGAUAUCUUCUUCCGGGGAAUCGACGUGGACUGCUCCCCGGAUGACUUUGCAGCUAAGGCAGUCUGCACGGUUUUUUACACAGGCGAAGUUAAGCAGGCCAAACAAGUGAACCAGACACACUUUUUGCUCUCCUUCAUGGGACAGGCCAACCAUUCGGAUGCUGGCCGAUUUACAGUGUGCCGCGGGGUGAAGAACAACAAGAAGCUAGGAAAGGUGGUGAAAUUCGCCAACGAGCCGGAACAGGAUAUUUGGCCGGAUGGCGAGUGCAACACUUUCGUGGGCACCGACUCUACGGUCUUCGCGCCCGGCUUGAAAAAGGAAGACGGUCUAUGGGCCUUUACCCCGGACUUGUGCCGGUCCCUGGGUGCUUAUUACCAGCGAAAGUCCUCGUAUCAUGGAAUGCCUUCCCUAAGGUACACCCUGGACAUGGGUGAUAUACGGUCGGACGAAAAACUGCAUUGUUUCUGCGAUGACCCCGAGGACCUGGACACGUGCCCUCCGAAGGGAACCAUGAACCUGGCCGCCUGUGUGGGCGGUCCUUUACUUGCCUCCAUGCCGCACUUCUACCUAGCCGAUCCCAAGUUGCUGGCCGCUGUCGAUGGUCUUAAUCCUAAUGAGAAGGACCACGCGGUCUACAUUGACUUUGAACUGAUGUCAGGAACUCCCUUCCAGGCCGCGAAGCGCCUGCAAUUCAGCCUGGACAUGGAGCCAGUGGAGGGCAUUGAACCCCUUAAGAAUCUACCAAAGCUUGUGUUGCCCCUGUUUUGGGUGGAGGAGGGUGUCCAACUCAACAAGACCUAUACUAACCUGGUCAAGUACACGCUCUUUUUAGGCCUAAAGGUUAACUCUGGUCUGCGUUGGUCCCUGGUCACCUUGUCACUGGUGGGCCUGAUGUCCGCUUGCUAUCUUUUCUACCAAAACUCGGACAGUUUAGACAUAACGAUGCCGCCCAAAAUCAUCAAGGAGAACAACAAGGUGGAGGAUGUGAAUAAAACGAAGGAGUCGGCCUCUGAAGCCAACCCCAAAACUGCGCCAACCAGUAUACCAACGAAUCCAGGGGCCAAUAACUUGAUUCCGGGCACCAACCUGCCCAGCCUCAGGUUGGAGAAGCGAGAGCCGGAGCGCUACUAGCUCUUGAAAUGACCAGGAGGUUUUCUAUCAUCACUAGCACUAUCCGUAGACAUAGGCACGUGCACCUGUGUAGUCCAACUUGCGCUAAUAAAAUGAGACAAACAAAAGUCCAACAUUGUCAAAGGUCUGGCAAACUGGUCGGUGGCCGAUGGAGCGAUUGCUAAUCGAUGAUCGCUGAUCCCCAAUUGAGAAGAUCUGUGCGCUCCACUGACACCGAUCAGCGGAGAUCAGUGAAAUCGUAUGCUAGCCCAGCAAACGAAGUUUUCGAUCGACUGACGAAACAAUUGUUGAGGCACAGAAAUCAAAAGCGAUUUGUAAACGCAAAUUGAGAAUUUUUCUUGUGAAGAAAUCUUAAAAAUAAUGAACGCAUUGAUUAAUUGUUCUGUAAUUGUAUUGUAAUUGUUUCAUAGUAUAAUAUAUAAGAACUUUUAAGAAAUGAAUAAAGCUCAGCGUAUUUAUCAUGACGAUUAAAGAAAGCGAAACUGAAUGUGGACCAAUUAUUUUAUAAUUAGCCAUUAGCAUAUCCUUAGUUAGGUUUUCUUAACACAAAAAACUCUUCAAGGUUCAAUUUUCUAGCAUAAUACUAACCAA